GCAGCGCUUCCCGUGUACCAGGCAUCACUUCCGGUAGAUGAGGUCAACGUUUCCCCUGAUCCGCCAUUUCAGUCCCGGAGUUUCUUGUUGCAAAUUAGUUUGAAACAUUUCUGUGAUUUUAACGUUGAACCAGAAUUUAAUUUGUGUUUGUGCUUCAACUUCAACUCGGUCCACUCCGACGCUUCGAUGCUAUUUAGCGGAAGUUGCUAACGCGUUAGCAUCGUUUCCCCGGCGGCUGCGUUAGUCAAACCCAAAGUUUGUGUAUGAGUCGCGGAUAGACAGAGGCCUCAAGCCUCGGACGGGAUUUCGCAGCCAUGGCCGGGAAUUUUGACGCCGAAGACCGAGGUAGCUGGUACUGGGGGAGGCUGAGCCGUCAGGAUGCGGUGUCUCUCCUCCAGGGCCAGAGACACGGGGUGUUCCUGGUCCGGGACUCGAUCACCAGCCCCGGGGACUACGUGCUGUCCGUGUCGGAGAACUCCAAAGUGUCCCAUUAUAUCAUCAACAGCGUCUGUAACAACCGACAGUCCGGCUCAGGUUUGGCUCCUCCUCGGUUUCGGAUUGGGGAUCAGGAGUUUGAGGCGCUGCAUGCCCUGCUGGAGUUUUAUAAGAUCCACUAUCUGGACACCACUACACUUAUAGAGCCCAUCAGCAAGGCCAAGAACAUGGGUUACGUCACAUCUGUUGAUGUCCCGCAGCAGCCGGAGGACGCUGAGUUUGUCCGGGCACUGUUUGACUUCCCGGGCAAUGAUGAUGAGGACCUCCCGUUUCACAAGGGUGACAUUCUGCGUGUGCUGCAGAAGCCCGAGGAGCAAUGGUGGAAUGCUGCGAACCAAGAGGGCCGAGCCGGAAUGAUCCCCGUGCCCUACGUGGAGAAGUACCGGCCUGCCUCGCCCACCAAUGCCGGUCUAGGUCCCCCUUCUGUGGGGGCAGGACAGGGGGGGCAAAUUCCAGGGGUAGCAGCUAGCACAGACGGAACAGGGGCCACGCCGCCAAACCCAUUGGGGGACCCAGGCCAGUAUGCUCAGCCUGUCGUCAACACUCAGCUUCCAAACCUACAGAAUGGGCCAGUGUAUGCUCGAGCCGUUCAGAAGAGGGUGCCCAAUGCCUACGACAAGACAGCGCUCGCUCUUGAGGUGGGAGACAUGGUGAAAGUGACCAAGAUCAACAUGAACGGCCAGUGGGAGGGCGAGUGCAAGGGCAAGCGAGGGCACUUCCCCUUCACCCACGUGCGACUGUUGGAACAACACCAUCCCGAUGACGAGAGCUGAGAAACACACGCGCUCCCAUCACCUGCGCACACCCCUUCUCUUUUGACAUGUUCAGAAAGAUUUAUACAAGCACACAGUAUAUGAACUUACAAGUAAUACCAGUCAGGCGCUCCUGACCCUCCCAGCACAAGACGUGUUGGCUGAUGUGGCCUAAUGUCGUUUUGAUGGACGUCUGUCACACUAAGAGUUUACACUAAGGUUAGGCUGAUAUCGGUUUGCCUAUAUUAGCUUCUUUUUUCAAAUCGACGUCACACAUAAGUUUUGUCUUCCUCCUUGACCACAGCCACAUAGAAAGUCUUCAAAACCUGCAAUGAAACAUUUACAGCGAGAUGGUGACAUUUAUCGAUAUUUAUUGGUGUCAGAUUUAAAUUGAAAACACACGUGGGGAUUCUUUGUCUCUGUCCAUCCACUACAUAGAGUGAUGUGUUCAGCCUAGUGUAUUUUCAUUGUGGUCAACAACUUCCAGUAACUUCAAGGCAUUUACUUUUUUACUUUUUGUAUAAUUGUUGUUGAGUAGGCGUAGAAGUAAAACAUUGUUUUAAGCUUCAUUCACACCAAACCUGGUUGGUUUAACGAUGACGUUCAGUUUGGUUGUUUGGCCGAUACAGCACAAGGCUCCUCCUUUUUGUCUUGUUUCUAUGUAUUGGGCAUUAUUUAUUACACACAAGAUCCUGUUGCAGUCUCAAACUAAAAUGGCACUCAGUAGAGAACGCACCUCCUAAAGGGGGCAGAUGCCAAUACCAGUAUUGAGAUUUAAAAAUUGUCAAUACCAAUAUAUCGGACGACAAACAUAUAUAUUUUUUAAAAAUUGGCAGUCAUUAUCAAAUUCUUAUGACGAACAAAAUGUAAUUAGGGCUAGAAAGAAAAUACAACCAAAUACGUACUAAUUGUUCUUAAAAUAUAAACAUAAAUGCACAUCUUGUCUGCAUUGUUUAAUCGAUCAAAAUACGUCUGUGCAGGGUUCAUAUCGGCUGGUUUGUGUCAACUGAUGUAUCAGUCGGGCUCUAGUUUGAAUAUUGAUUCUGAAAGUUCCAGCAGAAUCAGUAUGGAGGGUUUUUUUUUCUUAUCUUUGUUCAGAGCGUAUGGUCUUGGAAUUUUUUGUGCUACAACCCUGUCAAAUUCCCCAACCAAAAGAAUGCCAGGUGUCGUGUUGACCACUGGUCAACCAAUGAAAUGAAUAUGAUCCCUGCCUCAUUGCGUUCGCGUUCGAAAUCCGUGCCAGGAACAAAAUAUCUGAGUGUAAGCACACAGUUUGAGCACAAGCAGAGCAAAUUUAAGUGCAAACGGGCUAUUUUAGUGCAAGGGCAGGGUUUUGAUGAACAUGCACCCGAAGUGAAAGACCACGCUCUUGAAUAAAGAUAGGGGGGGAAAAAAACCUCCAUAUAUUAGGCACUAGUGACCGAUAUCAGUUGAACCCUAGUUCACACACCCCAGUAUUGAAGUCUGCACUGCACAUACAGUUACACAGCAGAGUCUGCCCCCUCUUCCCUUCCUGCGUAUCCCCAGAUGGUUCAUUUCAUUUAUACACAGAAGGGAAAAAGAACUGAUUGCAAACCGGAGACACAAACACUCAGCUUGUCUCACAGAAUCAUGAAUCAGUGAGUUUCUUUUGGUGCCAGACUUUGAACCUCAGAGCAGAACGAGCAAAGACUUUUCCUGACGUCUUGUGGAGAACAAGGACAACGUUCCCAAUUUACUACAUGCUACCCACACUACAAACAAGUCCUCUUUUUUUUGUACUAAAAGUGGAAAAUAUUAUGAUAGAAUUGACUUGAUAUGAAUAUACACACCUUA